GGAGCUCCUCCUGCAGCGCUGUGCCGCCCUAGGGCUGCACUCACGGCACCUUUCGCUGCGUGUGCUUGCCAGUAUACCCGAGUCGUUCCUCAGCGACAAGGACCCCUGGGUGCGCCGCCCACGGGCCAAGCGGAAAACUCCAAGCGAUCAGCAAGGCAAGUCGCCGCGAGUCAGUUUCUGCGAUGGUGAUGCUAUGCUGGACCAGGAGCUCCGGAUGGCACGUGACCGGCUCGUUGUCGUUGACUUUGCCUCACCUCAGUGCGGGCCGUGCCAGCGCCUAAAGCCCGAGGUGGCACAGCUGGCGAGCGAAUUACCCGAGGUCUGCUUCCUGGAGGUGGAUGUCGAGACAAACUCGGGAAUCGCCGACAAGUAUCGCAUACACUCCAUUCCCACCUUCCUCUUCUUCAAAAGCCAGGAGCUUCUGGGCCGCUACGAGGGAUCGGACCCGGACGGCCUCACGCUGGAAAUACUCCAGCACAAAUGA